AUUUCUCGACGAUAUAAAAUGCGCCCUGAGAUCAACAUGUUUGGUCAAAGUCAAUUCAUUCCUUCUCAACUUCCCCUCUUUCGGUUUUGUCUUUCCAUCAAGACAGAGUUGCCAUCCAUCUCCGAGCACAGUUCUCUGAAACCAAAACGCGAACAUGGCUGAACCUGUAACGAAAGAGAAGAUGAUGAUACCAGACUGGACUAAACUCCCUGAAGAGCUGUUUCAGACUAUCACCAAUAAAAUGAACUGUUUCGAUGUUGUUCAUGCUCGCUCCGUCAGCACCUUGUGGCGAUCAACAUUCCCGUAUCCGGCUUCCCUGCUGCGCUCAAGUUACUCUCUACCCACUUAUCCCGUCGAGAAGGAUGGCUUGUGCUCCCUCGAGAAGAUCCCUUUCGUCCUCGUGAUUGUCCCAACUCCUACUGGUGAUGAGUCGGUUUCUGAGUUUUUCAUGGGAUUAGUAGGCCGAGAUGAGGCUGCUGAUUACAUGGAGGCUCCAUCUCCUCUUCAGUGCUCGCUAAAGAUGAAGAUGGAAAAAUCUGAUCCAAAAUGGAUAAACGUGAUCGGCUCCCAUAUCUUAUCUCUAAGCCAUCAGUACAGAAUGGUUUGUUGGGAUCCUAAUGGAUUGAGAACAACUUACCGCAACGUGGCUAUUCUUCCACUAAACAGGGAGGGAGGAAGAGGAAGAGGAGAGUUCAUUGUGCUUCGUAGCUGUAGCUACUGGGGAAGUUUGUUAGUGUUAACAAGUGCUAAAAGGAAGUGGGUGCCACUUCCGGGCGUUCCAAGUUCUUCAUGCACGGCUUUGGUCACGUUUAGAGGAAGGUUCUAUGCAUCUUUCUCUGACGAGCGCAUUUACGUUAUCCAUCCUUAUUCACUAGUAGCAGUACUUCUCCUGAUGCCUCCAAACUUUACCGAUGGAAGCAAUCAUCUGAUUACAGCUGGUGAUGAUGAGCUUUUCCUGGUUAAGAAAAACACACCUAUUACUGGUCCGGUAACAUGUAGAGUGUGUAGGCUGGUGGGUUUAGAAUGGGUUGAGGUCGAUGAACUUGGAGACCGUGUGUUGUUUGUUGGGAAAGAAGCAAACGUCUGCUGCUCGGCUAACCAGCUUCCUGAUGGUUGUGGUGUGACCGGGGACUCGAUUUUGUUCACCAAACGAGCAGGGGAAGAUACUUACCUCUAUAAGUAUGGACCACCUGACGUUCCAAACGAAAACGUGGUGGGUGAAUGGAGAAGCUCAAGAGAGAGCCGUGUGAAAUUCCUUGAUUCUCAGGAGACUUUUGCUUUCCGGGUUGAGUCUUGAAAUAUAAGUCUUUACUUUGGACAUCUGUUGCUUUGUUAUUUUCUGUCGUCUUUUCACUUCUACUUGACCUUUCGCUUAAUGAAAUUUCAUUCUGACA